CAAAACCACGACUCUGGCUUCAGCUGGCGCAUCCGUAAUAUACUCUCUCCCCGCACAUUCCUCCUCCCUUCCCACAUCAACACUUUUACAUCAUUUGGGAUCUUUGUUGAUACCCAUACAUAGCUAGCAACUAACGUCAUUCGGUUCUAGCUCUCCGCAUCUAUAGCGGACCUCUUGAAGAGCUAUACCCACCUCUUCUCGUUAAUAAGGAAACCGCACAUCAUGAGCGGUGUGCAAGAACUGCGAUAUGACGGCCAGACCGUUGUUGUGACUGGUGCUGGCGGUGGUCUAGGUCGCGAGUAUGCGAUCUUCUUCGCCAGCCGCGGCGCGAAUGUCGUUGUGAACGACCUCGGUGGAAGCUUCAAGGGCGAGGGCGGCAGCUCAUCGGCCGCAGACAAAGUCGUUGAGGAGAUCAAGUCCGCAGGUGGUAACGCGGUCGCCAACUACGACUCUGUCGAGAAUGGAGAGAACAUCAUCAAGACCGCAAUCGAUGCCUUUGGGCGCAUUGAUAUCCUCAUCAACAAUGCUGGUAUCCUGCGAGAUGUCAGCUUCAAGAACAUGAAGCAGGCGGACUGGGACCUCAUCUACAAGGUCCACGUUCUCGGUGCAUACAAGUGCGCAAGAGCUGCAUGGCCGCACUUCAGGAAACAGAAGUAUGGAAGGCUUAUUAGCACCGCUUCCGCUGCUGGCUUGUUUGGCUCUUUUGGCCAGACAAACUACUCUGCUGCUAAGCUUGCCCUCGUUGGUUUCACCGAGACUCUUGCAAAGGAGGGCCUGAAGUACAACAUCCUCUGCAAUGUCAUCGCCCCGAUCGCAGCCAGCCGAAUGACCGAGACCGUCAUGCCUCCAGAUGUCCUCGCGAAGCUGAAGCCUGAGUGGAUCGUUCCUCUCGUCGCCGUCCUUACACACAAGUCGAACACCAAGACUGGUGCGAUAUUCGAAGCUGGUGGAGGCCACAUUGCUGAGUUGCGCUGGGAGCGAGCCAACGGUGUUCACCUGAAGGCUGAUGAGACCCUUACACCCGGUGCUGUUGCAGCUAAGUGGAAGGAUGUCGUCGAUUUCUCGAAGCCAGAGCACCCACAAGGCCCUGCCAAUGCUCUUGAGCUGCUCGAGGAGGCUGGCAAGCUUCCUGCCAACCCCAAGGGUGAGGAGCUCGACUUCUCAGGCAAGGUCGCCAUUGUCACCGGCGGUGGUGCUGGUCUCGGCCGUAUCUACGCGCUCCAGCUGGCCAAGCGUGGCGCAAAGGUUGUCAUCAACGAUCUCGUCAACCCUGACGAUGUUGUUCAGGAGAUCCAGAAGCUCGGUGGUCAGGCUGUCGGUAACAAGGCUGAUGUCCAGGACGGUGAGGCUGUUGUCAAGACAGCUAUCGACACCUGGGGUCGCGUCGACAUCGUCAUCAACAACGCCGGUAUUCUUCGCGACAAGGCCUUUGCCAACAUGACCGAUGACCAGUGGGACAUCAUCCACAAGGUUCACUUAUUCGGUACCUACUCUGUUACAAAGGCUGCUUGGCCCUACAUGCUGAAGCAGAAGUACGGCCGUAUCCUCAACACCACUUCUACCAGUGGUAUCUACGGAAACUUCGGCCAAGCCAACUACGCCUCGGCCAAGUGCGGUAUCCUUGGUUUCUCCAAGUCCCUUGCCCUUGAGGGCAAGAAGAACAACAUCUUUGUCAACACCGUUGCUCCCAACGCUGGUACACAGAUGACUCGCUCCAUCAUGCCUGAGGAGGUUGUCCAGGCCCUCAAGCCCGACUACAACGCACCCCUCGUCAUCCUGCUCGUCUCUGACAAGGCUCCCGUACCAACUGGUGGCCUCUACGAGAUGGGCUCUGGUUGGUUCGCUGCUACUAGGUGGCAGCGCACUGGUGGCCACGGCUUCCCUGUCGACGUCAAGCUCACUCCUGAAGCUGUUCUCCAACAAUGGGAUCGCAUUACCAACUUCGACGAUGGUCGUGCCGACAACCCUUACGACAAUGCCAGUGGUCUCAAGUCGAUCAUGGCCAACAUGGAGAACACCAGCAAGAAGAGCACGAAGGAGAAGAACUCAUCCAAGAGCAACGAGGAGAUUCUCAAGGCUCAGCAGACAGCUCUGGCUGCCAAGUCGCAAGGCACUCCUUUUGAGUACACCGAGAGGGACGUCAUUCUUUACAACCUGGGUAUCGGCGCCAAGCGUACAGAUCUCCCCUUCGUAUACGAGGGCGACGAGAACUUCCAAGUCAUCCCUACAUUCGGUGUGAUUCCUCCCUUCAACGCCGAACCACCCUUCUCCUUCGACGACAUUGUGCCCAACUUCGACCCGCGCAUGCUUCUGCACGGCGAGCAAUUCCUCGAGAUCCGCAAAUUCCCCAUCCCCACAGAAGCCAAGCUCGUCGCCGUGCCUAAACUCGUCGAAGUCGUCGACAAGGGCGCUGCCGGGCUGGUCGUAUACGGCUCCGUGACCAAGGACGCCAACACUGGCGAGGAGAUCUUCUAUAACGAGUCCACCGUUUUCAUCCGUGGCAGCGGAAACUUCGGCGGUCAGAAGAAGGGCGGCGACCGCGGCGCAGCGACAAAGGCGCACAAGCCGCCUCAGCGCGCGCCCGACGUUGUUGUCGAGGAGAAGACGACAGAAGAGCAGGCCGCUAUCUACCGUCUCUCGGGCGACCUUAACCCUCUGCACAUCGACCCGCAGUUCAGCAAGGUCGGUGGCUUUGACACACCGAUCCUGCACGGACUGUGCUCGUUUGGCAUUUCGGGUAAGCACGUGUUGCAGAAGUUUGGGCCGCUCAAGAAUAUCAAGGUCCGCUUUGCGGGUGUCGUGCUGCCGGGGCAGACGCUUGUUACUGAGAUGUGGAAGACGGGUAAUACGGUCACGUUCCAGACUAAGGUGAAGGAGACGGGCAAACUUGCUAUCUCGGGCGCUGGUGCAGAGCUGCUUGGUGGUGGAAGCAAGUUGUAGGUGUUGAGAUGUGCGUUUAGCGAUGCGGUCAAGAGACUGCUGCUUUGUUCGAGCUGGCGUUGGGUUGUGUCGUUGUAUAUAUGUACUGCUAUGAAUUUAACAAGUAUUUCAC